AAGAAUUGUAUUUUUAUAAAGGUUGAAGAAGAAGAAGAAGAAUACGUUAUUUCAGCGACGCCAGUGUAAACACAGACGUCAUGAACUCAUUUAACCGCAGUCCGAGCUGCGUGCCUGUCGUCGCGAUGUUGUCGCUGCUUCUCUCUCGAACUCUUUGCCAGGUGGUUACGGAGGCCAACCUCAAACCGUACACGAGCUUUGCAUCGUUUAUUCGGACUUUUACCACUUCCGGUCCCACUUGCGGAGGAGUGGAUGACAAUGACACCUUAGUGGUGACCCACUCUCAGCUGGUAACCAUGCUAGCAAACCGAAGCAUUCAGCUUUUUGAUGUGAGAAACCCAGAUGAAUACCAAGAUGGCAACAUUCCACAAGCUGUCAACAUUCCACUCGGCACCCUGGAGGAGUCUCUGAAGCUGUCCCCUGAGAUCUUUAAGCAGAAGUUUAAUGUGAAAUCUCCCGAGAAGGACGACGACAACAUCGUAUUUCAUUGCAGAAGCGGAAAAAGGAGCUUAGCAGCGCUGGACAUCGCCCACCGGCUGGGUUUUAGCAGGGCAAGGCAUUACAAAGGCGGGUACUCUGAAUGGAUCGAACUAGCAGGAAAAUAAUCCAGCCUGGAAUUUGCUUUGUUUUCCAUAUUUUAAUGAAUGAAUAUGCAGCUGAUACGUUACUCAUCUAUGAAAUAUGUUACUGUUGACUGUUACUUUAGCUGUUACAGCUUCUAAAAGUUACUUUCAAAGAGAUUGUUACAGUAAUUUGUAAAUUAUUUUUAAUCACAAUAACAGGGUCCUUUGCAUAAAGGCCACAAGUGGCCUUCAUGUCCAGAACACGCACAUAGGAUGUGUUAUUGAAUGUUAAUAAAGUUUUGUAAGCCAC